AUGUCGACUACAACCAAUACAAUUUACACUUUUGCUACACAACAAAUAUCUAUCUAUCUUGGUAUACCUAUUCUUAUCGGUGGAAUUCUUGGUGGAAUUCUUAAUAUUAUUGUCUUUCUUAGUCUUCAAACAUUUCGAGAAAGUUCAUGUGCAUUUUUUUUAACUAUCAUGUCAUUUGUGAAUAUUGGACAAUUGAUAACCGGUUUACUUUCUCGUGUUAUGAUUUCAGGAUUUGGUGUUGAUUGGACAGAAACAUCAAUAUUUUAUUGCAAAUUUAGAAUUAGUUGUCUUCAAUUUUGUGCAUUAACAUCCUAUACAUGUAUGUGUUUAGCAACUAUCGAUCAAUUAUUGGCUACUUCUCUUCAACCACGUUGGCAACAAUGUCUCAAUCUUAAGAAAGCUUAUCGUUUAUGUGCAAUAUUUUUUGUCAUUUGGCUUUUUCAUAGUAUACCAUCAUUGAUUUGGUAUAAUCUUAGUCUAUCAGUAAGAACAGGAAAAAUUGGCUGUGUAAUAACAAAUUCUAUUUUUCAACAAUAUUUUACCUAUGUUUAUUUACUAAUUCUUGCUGGUAUUUUACCAAUUAUUAUUAAUAUUACAUUUGGAUCUAUAGCAUAUUGUAAUGUCAGACAAAUACCUUAUCGAACAAUACCACUUGUUCGACGAGAAUUAGACAAACAAUUAACAACUAUGGUUCUGGUACAAGUUGUUUUUAAAGUUUUUGUUAUUGUACCAUAUAUUACUGUAUUAUGCGUAAUUAAUACUGCGAAUUUAUUAAGUAGUUCAAUCAAUAUUACUCAAUUAACUUUUGCUAAUUUCGUCACUGGAAUAAUGUAUUAUUUAUAUUUUGCAACUCCAUUUUACAUAUACAUUUCUGUAUCAAAAAGAUUUCGUCAACAAUUUAUUCAUGUCAUCUCUAUUACUUUUGUUAAACGAUGGAAACGUCAAAUUGUAGGUAUUAAUAGAGUGUCAACCGAAGAACAGCAACAAUAA